AGUGCGGGCGCCCGCGCAGCCCCAGCCUCAUCCCCCCGGCCUCAGCCUCGCUCAGUCCCAGCCCUGGCUCCGCGCUCCACUCUCCGCGCUCCAGGCUUCCUGCUCUGCGCUGCGCCCUAUCGGGCACGAAGAGCUCGGCGCUUCCCCAGGUGGUCGGUAGCCCGGUGGCCUGAAGCUUGACCAAUGGAGUCCUUCCAGCACGUGUCCCCAGAAGGUGGCACACAGCUUGGCCACCCGUUGGAGAUAGAGAAGAGGCCAGCACCAGAGUUCUCCGUGAACUAAUCAGACUCAACAGCCCAAGGGGCCAAGAAGGGGUCCCUCCCCCAAUCCUUGUCACCAGAGUUCUUUAGCCACACUCUGGGUGAGGAACAAACUGUGAGGAAUGGAGACCGCAUCCUGUAAGUCCCCUUUCUUGACCUUGGGAUUCCAGCAACCUUUGUCCUUGUAACCUCUGGACUAGUCGUCUGGCUUGAUUUCCUGCUACAGUGUCUCUGUGGAGAAAUCAGAGCACCAAGCCCUCGAGGUUUCAUUCCUGAGCUGUCCGGAGAAGCCACGCCCUCCACGCCCCUUCCCAGCCAUCCACCCAGCCAGCCCCAAGCGAGCAAGUCCGGAAUGAUCCUGCUAUGGCCAAGCUCUGGUUCAAGUUCCAGCGGUGUUUCCGGUAUUUCCGCAGGAAGCCCGUGCGCUUCUUUACCCUGCUGGCAAUCUACCUGACCGCCGGGAGCCUUGUCUUCCUGCACUCGGGCUUCGUGGGUCAGCCCGCGGUGCCCCAGAGCCAGGCCAGCCCCGCAGCGGGGAGCCCGGUAGAAGGAGCUGAGCUGCCUUUCCUGGGUGACUUGCACCUGGGCAGAGGUUUCCGGGACACGGUGGAGGCCUCCAGCAUCGCACGCAGGUACGGACCCACAUUCAAGGGCAAGGACACCAGCGAGAGAGCCAAGCUAGGCGACUACGGAGGAGGAGCCUGGAGCCGAGCCCUCAAGGGGAGGGUUGUCCGGGAGAAAGAGAAGGAAAAGGAGGAGGAGAAAGCCAAGUACAUCGGCUGCUACCUGGACGACACCCAGAGCCGGGCCCUGCGAGGUGUGUCCUUUUUCGACUACAAAAAGAUGACAGUCUUCCGUUGCCAGGACAACUGUGCUGAACGGGGUUACCUGUAUGCUGGGCUGGAGUUCGGUGCCGAGUGCUACUGUGGCCACAAAAUCCAGGCAGCCAACGUGAGCGAAUCGGACUGUGACAUGGAAUGCAAAGGGGAGCGGGGCAGUGUGUGUGGCGGCAUCAACCGUCUUUCAGUCUACCGGCUGCAGCUGGCUCAAGAGUCUGCCCGAAGGUAUGGAAGUGCGGUAUUCAGGGGCUGCUUCCGCCGACCCAACAACCUCUCCCUGGCCUUGCCCGUGUCAGCCGCCAUGCCAAACAUGUCUGUGGACAAGUGUGUGGACCUCUGCACAGAGAAGGAGUUCCCCCUGGCAGCCCUCGCUGGCACCGCCUGCCACUGUGGUUUUCCCACCACACGGUUCCCUCUUCACGACCGGGAGGAUGAGCAACUGUGCGCCCAGAAGUGCAGCGCGGAGGAGUUUGAGAGCUGCGGGACCCCCAGCUACUUCAUCGUGUACCAGACACAGGUCCAAGACAACCGCUGUAUGGACCGACGGUUCCUCCCAGCCAAGUCUAAGAAGCUCAUCGCUCUAGCCAGCUUCCCAGGUGCUGGCAACACGUGGGCUCGCCACCUCAUCGAGCUGGCCACCGGCUUCUACACCGGCAGCUACUACUUCGAUGGCUCUCUGUACAACAAAGGGUUCAAAGGUGAGCGGGACCACUGGCGAAGUGGGCGGACCAUCUGCAUCAAGACCCACGAGAGCGGCCAGAAGGAGAUCGAGGCCUUCGACGCAGCCAUUCUGCUCAUCCGCAAUCCCUACAAGGCCCUCAUGGCUGAGUUCAACCGCAAAUAUGGAGGCCACAUAGGCUUUGCUGCCCACGCCCACUGGAAAGGCAAAGAGUGGCCCGAGUUCGUGAGGAACUAUGCCCCGUGGUGGGCCACGCACACGCUGGACUGGCUCAAGUUUGGCAAGACCGUCCUGGUGGUGCACUUCGAGGACCUGAAGCAGGACUUGUUUACGCAGCUGGGCCGCAUGGUCAGCCUGCUGGGCGUGGCGGUCAGGGAGGAUCGGCUGCUGUGCGUGGAGAGCCAGAAGGACGGCAACUUCAAGCGCUCGGGGCUGCGCAAGCUGGAGUAUGACCCUUACACAGCCGAGAUGCGCAGGACCAUUGCCGCCUAUAUCCGAAUGGUGGACACGGCGCUGCGUAGCCGCAACCUCACUGGGGUGCCUGACGCCUAUGGCCCAAGAUGAUGGGCAGCCAGGGAGGAACCCAGCAUCUGGUGCCCCUUGGCUUCAAAGAUCUGGCUUCCCUCUGGCACAAAGACAGCCCCAGAACUUCUGCCUGCCUUCAGAAAGGCCCCUCCGCGGUCUCGGGAGGAGGAGACUGCCUGGUUUGGGGUGUCCCAGUCCCUGCCGGUGGUGGGAGGUGGUGGGAGAAAGGAGAGGAUAAUCUGACAGAAGUUGGGAGGGUCUGGCUGUGGCAGCUGAUGGACAUUUUGCAAGCAGUGACCCUGUUCUGACUGUGUGGGCCUCUGCCUCUUCCCCUGAGCAAGCACCGGCUUUCUGAUCUCUCUCAGGCCACCUCUGUGUGACAGACAGCCGGCUGGGACCUGUCUCCGUGCCCUUGGGCGUCUGACUUCUGAGGUACAAGGAGACUGGUGCUCUGGCAUCACAGUGGGAGCUGCCCCGAGGCUAAAGCACAUAAGAGGCCCAAGCCGGGUGUUGUCCCACCUCCAGGAUGGCCACCCUGUCCUGUCUGCUCAUGCUGUCGUGUCUUGGGGGUGGGGGUGACGUUGGGGUUCUUGAUCCUUCUUCCAAAGUCCCUUAGGUACCAAAAAACCCCAACCCAACAGGUUGGUUGGCCAUGUGCCACAUAGGGAAGCCCCAGAGGACCCAUCUUUGCAGGGUGGGGCUUGAAAUGGCUAUCUUACACUGCCCGGACUGAUCCCUUAACCAGGGAGUCCUUUACUACCCAGGGCAGGGAACAAAAGUGCUCCAACUCAGAGGGAGCCACACCCCAAACUGUCCCCUACCCUCUAAGCCAUCAGCCUCCUUUCCCUUGCUUGUAACCCGACAGGGUCAGCCCCCACUGGAGACUCCUCAGAGUCCCCAGUAAAGACUGGCUCUCCAUUCCCAUUAUGCCGCUGCUCUUUCUCGACGACGCUGAGACACCAAAGGAUUUCUGACUCGAGUCACUGAUCACAUUUUAGGAAGCAUGCAUCCAGGAUCCCGUCUCCCCUCACCUCGGAUCCCUCUGGCUUCCCCUCCAGCCCCUUCACCGUUCCCAUUACAUAAACGCAAAAAGCCAUAGUCACAGCCCCUCCCCCUCGCUCUCCUGUCCGGAGCAGCCCCGCCCCCACCCCCUCCCGCAGCCUUGGGGGGUGCGGGGCAAACAAACACUCGAUCCCACCUAGCCAAGGAACCCGGAGAAGGUUCGUGAAAAGAGAGAUAUAUUUUUUUAAGAGGAAUAUGACCAAGACAUUCUGCCCCUUGGACGCUGGCCACACAAAAAGAAGGACCGGCUUUCCUUUCCCAACGCCCUCAUCCGGAGGGUUUGGACCACCCCAGGGCUCAGCCAAGGGGGCUCUGAAUGUAUUUUGUACGGUGUUUCCCCCGCCCCAGACUAAUUUCUAGUUUUCUUUUCACUGGGCAGUAGAGGGCCUGGCCUCCCCUCCUGCUUGGAGGUCAGCGCUCUCUGAGAGACUCUGGGUCCAGAACCUGGGCCAGUUCUUUGCAAGUGGCCUCCUCUGGUCACGAACUUUCUGUUCGAAGAUUCCUCAGGUCAACACUAUCAUUA